GGGCGCUCCACCGCUUCUGCUUCUGCUUCUGGAUUCUGGAUUCUGUAAACACACCGCAUCCAUCUUCAGUAUUUUGCCGUCAGACUCCGCAGUGAAAACAUGGGGGGUGUUCUUGGCCUUUGUUCUAUGGCGAGUUGGGUCCCCUGCCUUUGUGGCAGUGCUCCUUGCCUGUUGUGUAAAUGUUGCCCCAGUGGAAACAACUCCACGGUUACACGGCUCAUCUACUCCUUCUUCCUGCUUCUGGGAGUCGGCGUCGCCUGCAUCAUGCUGAUGCCUGGCAUGGAGGGGCAGCUCAAGAAGAUUCCAGGCUUUUGUGAGGGAGGAAUGGGGACCUCGAUCCCAGGAGUAAAGGGUCACGUGAACUGUGAUGUGCUGGUGGGCUACAAGGCUGUGUACCGUGUGUGCUUUGGCAUGGCUAUGUUCUUCCUUCUGUUCUCUCUCCUCAUGAUCAAGGUUAAGAGCAGCCAAGAUCCACGAGCUUCUGUACACAACGGGUUUUGGUUCUUCAAGUUCGCUGCCGCCACUGCUAUCACCGUGGGAGCUUUCUUUAUACCCGAGGGUCCGUUUACAACCGUGUGGUUCUACGUUGGCAUGGCUGGCGCUUUCUGUUUCAUUCUGAUUCAGCUGGUGCUUCUGAUCGACUUUGCUCACUCCUGGAAUGAGUCCUGGGUGGAGAAGAUGGAGGAAGGGAACUCUCGCUGCUGGUAUGCAGCUCUUCUGAGCGCCACAGCCUUGAAUUACGCCCUGUCCCUGGUGUCUCUGGUGAUGUUCUACGUGUACUACACCCACACCGAAGGCUGCACCGAGAACAAGGCCUUCAUCAGCGUCAACAUGCUGCUAUGUGUGGGAGCCUCCGUCAUGUCCAUCUUGCCCAAAAUUCAGGAGUCACAGCCCAGGUCUGGUCUCCUGCAGUCUUCUGUCGUCACCCUGUACACUAUGUAUCUGACCUGGUCUGCUAUGACCAAUGAGCCUGAUCGCAAAUGCAACCCGAGUCUUCUGGGCAUUAUUGGCCUGAACAGCACCACCCCAGCAGGCCAAGGUCCUGUGGUUCAGUGGUGGGAUGCCCAGGGCAUUGUGGGAUUGAUCCUGUUCCUGAUGUGUGUUCUGUAUUCCAGCAUCCGCAAUUCAAGCAACGCUCAAGUCAACAAGUUGACGCUAACUAGCGACGAGUCUGCACUGAUCGAGGACGGCGCAGCGCCAGAGAACUUCGACGAGGGAGACGGUUCAAACCGGGCCGUCGACAACGAGAAGGACUGCGUCACGUACAGCUACUCUUUCUUCCACUUCAUGCUCUUCCUGGCCUCUCUUUACAUCAUGAUGACUUUGACCAACUGGUACAGCCCCGACUCCAACUACGAGGCGAUGACCAGCAAGUGGCCGUCGGUAUGGGUGAAGAUCUCGUCCACCUGGAUCUGUAUCUCGCUAUACGUGUGGACCCUGGUGGCUCCGCUCGUCCUGACCAACCGCGACUUCGACUGACCACGAAGAAGAAAGAAAGCUUCACGCAAACCUCGCCCUUCAUCAUUGUGAAUAUCCGCCUGUAUACGCAGGGCAGGUCGGCUCAUAUUUGUAAAUAGCUGAAGCUGGUGCAUUCCCCUGUGGUUAAUCGUCAGUUUUGGUAGAACUGUUGCAUGUAACAUUGUGAUAUUUAUUUGUGUUGUCGUAAGCAGUCAAAACAAUUAACCAGGCUCAAGUUUUGUAAAGGAGCACAGGAUUAUUUACGUGUCGAUCCUAAAAAAAAAAGAAAUGAUUCUUGGAAAACAUUGUAAAAUUUCGAUGUAAGUAGCUUGGGCUUGACUUUACUGUUUAAACCUUUGACAUAGUUAAUUCAUGAAGCUUAGGAACAUUUCCUUUAGAACGAACAGAAGAGUUGAGUUUUGGAGAUUUUAAAUAUCAUUGCUAAGUAGAUGUUCUCCCCCCGAACAAUUUGCCUCAUUUCUGAAACAGCUCAUGUGAAAUACUGUUCUAUUAACAUCAGUGUUCGUGCAUGUUAAUGAAUUUCCAGGCUUUUAGUUAGGACUGUAAGAUUCUACAGUGCUAAUCCUUUUGCAACUUGCACAGGUUAGUCGAGUUUUGACGUUUUUAUUGUGUUUGAAAUGCUUUUUGCACUGAUUCCUUGCUUUACAAACUCAUAUCGAGAUGAUAGAAUUUUAUGCAUGGACUUUGCUUCUAUGCCAUGUAGAUGUGUUACCAGCCUGCUGGAGCUAAUAUUCUAGUAGCUGCUGUUCUGUAACAUUACAGGUGUUGAUGCCUUAGUGUAUUUCUUUUUGUCCUUUUGACAUGUGUAUUGUAAUUGAUCUUCUUGAUUCAUUAAAGGUUUAAAGCCCCA